GGUGGCUUUGAGUCCACAACCCUCCCAAGGCGCCUCCUUUAUUCCUCCUCCAGUUCCCGCCUGUAUGCAACCCCCUUUGGUCGAUCGCUUACGCAUCGUCGCUGUGGACAAGGCGUGGGCGAACCUCCGCACUAUUGGGGGUGGUGUCGCUGAAGAUGUGCAGAGGAUGCUGCAGGGCGUCGGUGCGUCUCUAUCAGCAAGGGACCAUGGAGACAUGGCCGACCGAUGCAGUCCCCGCUUGUCGGACGUUGUGCGACCGGGGCGCGAUCCAUCACCCACCGUGCCACGCGGGAAAGAAGAAUCACAUCCGGCAGUGGCGGAUGCACGUGGCCGAGAGGCCGGACGACCAACGAGGAGGGGCAGUGUUGGGGGAUGGGUGCCUGAAAGUGGCGGUGAAGUGGAUACAGGUGAUAACGCCGCGGAGCUCGAGGGAGGCGAUAUGUCGGGGACGAGAAGAACCAGGUCAUGGCUGCUGGAGGAGCUCAUUGAUCUGGCGAGGUUCAUGAAUGAGGACGACGCCAUGCUGCAAAUGGCGUCAAGUCAGUUGAAGCACGCGAGAAGGUCAGUGAGGAACGAGUUGGUGUCCAAGAAGAUGAAGACGGCAAGUUGGAUCAGGUCGGCGGAAGACUGCAGGAAGAAGUGGUGCGACCUCAUGAGCAAGAUGAAGGACAUCCUGCACAAGUGUAACGCGUCGGGAAAACCCUCAUAUUGGGAGAUGAGCGUCGAAGACAGGAAAAGGGAGGGAAUCUCGACGACGUUUGAGCAGCCGCUGUGGGAGGAGAUGGAGUGGGCACAUCGAAAGUUGUCAGUUGCUUGCGAUAAUACCAUGGCAUCAUUAAACUUGCAGGGUGCUGAAAGCGGUGUUUCCGAUAAGGAAACACCCGGUGGGCAUGGCUCGUCAGAAGGCGGGAGCCGUAGUGGUGCAAGUGUUGAAGAAUCGGAGGGCUUGCGGAAGAAACGGCAUGGGGCAACGGGCAAAGAUCGUGCUAGUGAUCACCUGCCAGUGUCAUCUAUGGAGAGAGUUGUGUUGGAUUCUAGUAUGGCGGUCCGAGAAGGGAUGGAUAUGGCAGCAAGCACUCUUGCCCGGGCAAGCACAGAGAGAGUGAAGUUGGUUGCAACCCAAGUUGGCGCAAUCGCAAGCGCCAUUAAGGAGGGAUACGUUGUACUGCAACUGUUGGUUGGCGUUAUGGCCGAACGCCGAGGAGUGGGGACCGGAAUGCGGGGUGGAAACCCCAACGAUGCCAGUCCGUCAAACCGGUGAUACGUGCAUGGAGGACCACAACGUCACACACACUGUCACAAAGAACUUUGGAAAACGAGCACUUCAAAUGAUAUAACAAAGGGAAAAAAAAAGA